UAUUUAAUAUUCUGAUAGAAAUAUUUAAAGAGUAUUUUAUGAAAAUUGAUCAUGUGAUCUGUCAAGCUGCAAUCCAGUUCAAAAUGGCUGCCAGUGUGCAGUCGAUGUGUGAUUUCUGGAAGAAAUUCGAUUUACAAGAGCUACAGAAAGAACUCGAUUCGACUGCCACUGAACUGGCCAACAGACAAGACGAAAGUGACGCUUCCAGAAAAAAACUUGUAGAACUCAGCCGAGAAUUUAAGAAAAACACACCAGAGGACAUAAGAAAAGUUGUUGCACCAUUAUUGAAGAGCUUUCAGGGUGAGAUAGAUGCACUUUCGAAACGUAGCAAAGCUGCUGAGGCUUCAUUCUUGUCUGUGUACAAAAAACUUAUAGACCUCCCAGAUCCCGUACAAGUGCUAGAGUAUGCUCUACAGAUUCAGAAGAAGGCACAUCGUGUUGGAGACCUCGAGAUUGAAAACAAACAGCUGAGAGAAACUUUGGAUGAAUACAAUCACGAGUUUGCUGAAGUAAAGAACCAAGAGGUGACAAUAAAACAGUUGCGAGAACGUCUGAAAGAAGGAGAAGACAAAGUUGAAGCCGUUGCUGAGGCUCGAACGAAAGAAAAAGAGCGAGAACUUCAGAAACAGUUUGCGGAAAAAGAACGUCAGUUACAGGAGACUCAACUUUCUGUUGCUAGGAAACUCGGAGAGGCAGAACAGAGGGUCACAUCUUUGACCAAUACACUAGAAAAUGUACAGUCGGAGCUGUUUGAAGUUAAGGCAAAAUAUGACGAGGCCACUUCAGCAAAGGCAGACGAAAUGGAGAUGGUGAUGGCCGACUUGGAGCGAGCGAACGAGCGGGCAACAGCAGCAGAACGUGAAGCCGAAAAACUGAAGCACCAAUUGAGCAACUUAACUGCAAGUUUAGCAGAGAAUCGGGAAGGUGAGCAGCAAAAAGGUCCCGACAUGGAGCAAGCUAUUGAGAUACUUCAACGUUCCAACCUCGAGGCUGAACUGGCCGCUAAAGAGAAAGAGAUAAGUCAAUUAGUGGAGGAUGUACAAAGAUUGCAAGGGUCUCUACAGAAACUGCGGGAGAACACUACACAACAGGUUGGCCGUUUGGAGGAGGAAUUGGCCUCAAAGAACAAGGCUUUCAAAAUUCUCGAGGAGAAAUUGAGGACACAGGAAGACUACGAGGAAAUCAAGCGUGAACUUGGUGUCCUGAAGUCCAUAGAAUUCUCGUCAACUGCUACAGAUGAAGUAGACGGCGAUGUCGGGAAAACAAAAUCGCUAGAAAUUCUUCUGCUCGAGAAAAAUAAAUCACUUCAAACAGAGAACACACAGCUCAAAGUCAACUCAAAUGACCUCUCAGGAAAUUCAUCACCAACACUCUCAUCUAAUGCCAAAGAAUUUGCAAGUAUGCUUGGUGAGGAAAUCGCGGAAACUUAUCAGCAGAAAAUCGCUCUUGAGUCAUCAUCAUCAAAAACAGAGUUGUCAUCAUCGCCAGCAUUUUCUGCAGUUUCGCCUAAAAAGGAUCUUGAAGAAAAAUCAAUGAGCCCUGAAUCUGGAGAUAUUCCCCCACAAGUGCCGAGCUCUCCGCUUAGUGAAACGAGUCGUUCUGGCAGACCGCCAAGUAACGAAACAGUCAGAAUUCCCCCUCAAUCCCCUCAGUUCUUUCACCCUGCUUUCUCAAACAGCCAUUUAAUGGCAAACUUUAUGGGAUUAGGGAUGAAUUUUAACAAUAACAAUCCGCCAAAAAUUGACGUAAACGGUUGCCAAGGACUAGAUACGUCCAUGGUAGCCAAAACUGUGAGAGAAUUGCUCAGUAUUCAUAAUAUUGGACAACGUUUGUUUGCCAAACAUGUGCUCGGAUUAUCUCAAGGAACUGUGUCGGAACUACUUUCAAAGCCAAAGUCGUGGGAUAAGUUAACGGAAAAGGGCAGAGAGUCGUACCGCAAGAUGCACUCAUGGGCCGUAGAUGAUAGAAAUAUCAUGGCCCUGAAAGCUAUUUCACCAAAGAAAGGCUCACAGCCAUUGUUACCCAGUAUUCAACGUGAAGAUGCUGCCACGGAAGAAAGAAUUGCUCACAUACUCAACGAGGCUCAGCACGCCAUGCAGCAGAAGAAAAGUCUGGAACAAGUCUGGAGUAAAGAGCAUCAGAACGCAAUGGUCAGCAGUAUCUAUCAGGAAAUGGCGCGAUCAUAUGGCCAGUUACAGGGGAGCCAAUCCAUGCCGAUUAUGAGCCCAACUUCCCCAAUGCCUUCAAUUCUGUCUUCUGUCAGUGACCGGGAACGUUAUCGUAAAUUCAGUGAAUCAGAUAGACACCGAGACAAACAUAAUCCAGAAAUUUCCUCAAAGGAUAUGGUCGAGAGAAUAUAUCGACAGGAGCUGAUUAAGCUUGCUCAGGCUGCGGAAAACGCAGGAAAUAUUGCAGCUAGUGCCCUGUAUCAGCAGGAGCUUGCCAGGCUGGCACAGAACGCAAGGAUGCGUGACGAGCCAGAACCAGGGGAGGUAAGACAUAUACGUGGAUCCCCGGAGAGAAUGAAAGUUAAGUCGGAACCUCCAGACAGUACAUCGGAAGAUUUGCUGGCAAACCAGGGGAACUGUCCCAUUGAUCUCAGUAAACGUAACACUUCAACACCCAGUACCCCGACCUCAGGAGGCUCCGACAAAUCGCUCAACAGUUCUGCUCAUGCUGGAAGUGCCUUCUUUCAAAUGCAUGCUAAGGUCAAUGGCCAUGAGGUCACUGAGAAGUCAGUGAAAUCGGAAACACAUCAGCAGACAUCGCCUGUGCCUCACACAGCAUUCCCUCACCAUUAUUCACCAACAGAUAACUCUUCUUCACCACUUCAACGAAUGCAGAAUAUCGCCAACUCAUUAAUGAAUCGGUCACAGAUCGGAGCCCCCUGUAACAAGCCAUUGAAAGCCGUUUUACCGCCUAUCACUCAAGAGGAGUUUGAUAGUUACGCCAAUAUCAACACGGAAGAUCUCGUCAAGCAAGUAAAGGAGACGUUAAGUCAGUAUUCAAUCAGUCAACGAUUAUUCGGAGAAAGUGUGCUAGGAUUGUCGCAGGGCAGUGUAAGUGAUUUGCUAGCAAGGCCAAAACCUUGGCACAUGUUGACUCAGAAGGGACGAGAACCAUUCAUACGAAUGCAGUUGUUCCUGGAAGAUGCAGAGGCCAUUCCAAAGCUAGUAGCAUCACAAUAUCACAUUGCGCCAGACAAAUUGAUGAGAAGCAAUUCAAUUGCAAAAGAUACAGAUUGUGAAGUACAAAGUAUGUGGCAGAGUUUCCGGGGAAACGUCCCUGGUGGUUCCCUGCCAUUGGUCGGUCCUGCAGCCUUAUCGCUAGGACUUUCAGUGCCCCAGACUGAUAUGAAACCCACACCACAACCUCCGCCACCACCACCACCUUCAACACGCCCCCAAACUGUGCCUCCCUUAAUGUUACCCAGUGUAGCACCACCGGUUCCCCAUGGUGAUCCUCAGCACCCGCUAUUUAUGCACCACCACCAUCAUCAUCAAGCACCUUCGCACCACCAACUUCACCAUCCUAACUGGGCCUCAUUCUCGUAUCCAUCCUCAAUGUUGGAAGUCGUUGCCAUGACGUCAGAAAUUGAUACGCUGGAACUGACGGGACGUGUGAAAGAUGUGCUUCAGUUUAAUAACUUGGGACAGAAACUGUUUGGAGAGGCAGUUCUGGGACUGUCACAGGGCUCUGUCAGUGAGCUUCUGUCUAAACCUAAACCUUGGCACAUGUUGAGUAUUAAAGGGAGAGAACCAUUUAUCAAAAUGCAUCUCUGGUUGUCUGAUCCACACAAUGUGGAAAGACUCAAACAUUACCAGAAUGAAAUGAAAGCCAAUCGCAGAAGGCGACACAGUCUAGAAGACAGAUAUGAUGCUUCUAUUGCAUUGCCAAAGCGACCAAGAGUCUUUUUUUCUGAGGAGCAGAAAGAAAGACUGCGACAAGCAUACAACAGAGAUCCAUACCCCAAUCAGAACACUAUAGAGGCAUUGGCAAACACACUUGGUGUUGGUGUUAAAACAGUCAUCAACUGGUUCCAUAAUCAUCGUAUGCGUGCAAAACAACAACAGCAUGCAACCAGUCCAACAACCCCAUUCAGUGAAUACAGUCAACAGAGUCUAAACAAGGAGGAAUCUAAUGAUGAUAAUUCAAACAACAGUGACAUAUCUAGCAUGUCUGAUAAUAGAGAAGCCCUUAAUGCUCUUAGUUUUCAUGCCAGAUUCAUAAAUUCAGAUUCCAAUCAAUGGAUGUUCCCAAAGUUUGAACCAGUUAAUCUUAACAAUAAGAGAAGCAGUCAUGGUUCGGAAAACAAUGUUAAUGAUGGGAGUGAAAUCGAUGAAGAUAAUGAUGAAGAAAAUGUGGAGGAUUUAUCCAGUCCAAUUUCUGCCAAAGGAAACACACAAAAUGCCAAAGAUUCAGACAAUGAAAAAGAAGAAGAUGAUAUUGAAAGUGGAGAUGAUGAUGAAUUUGAAGGAGAUGAAAAUUCAAACACAGAUCAGUCAUUUGAAAAGACUGAUAAAGAUUCUGAAUUCUCGAAGGGGCAAAUGCCAAAUAUGUCACAAGCAGGUGGGGCAAACAAGCGUAAGCGAUCACAUCCCCAGUAUGUUUCAGCUGGAAGACAUUUAGACAGAACAAUUAAUAGAAUCGAGAAUUUACAAAAAGGUCUAGGUAAAACAAAUGAUGAGAAUGAGACAGAGAAAGAAAACACAAGUGAGAAUAUUGUGGACAAUAGAAACGAGAAUGCCUUGAAUGAUUCAGAAAUGGAUGACACUGAAUCUGGGAAAGUGAUUGUACGAGAAAAUGGUGGAAACUUGUGGGAAAAUGGUGAUAAAAGCUCAAAUAUAAACAAAAUUCAGCAAAGUAUUUCUCAACAUUCUGGUGAAGAUUGGGAGUUCUAGGCAGCAUUACUUGUUAACAUGGUUUUCAUCUGAUUCUAUAGAAAAGGUCACAAACAUCUUAUCUACAAAAUUUAAUGUAGCACUAGUGCUUUGAGGGUUUUAGUGAUCCGGUUAUUUGGGUAACAGUUUAGUGUUCAAUUUGACCUUAUUUUGUGCUGAUGUUUUUAGAGUUAUUAGAGGUGGAGUUAAGUGGAAAGUGCUUAAAUAUACUACAAAGUAUUAUAACUUACAAUUACUUUUAUUGUUCAUGCCUUUAAAGUUUAUGUUUUGUUGUGACUUACCUGGCUAUUCAAGUGUUCUGAAAGCCUUUGGUUUUAUAUAUUUUUAUGAAAAAACUUGUGAAUUAUGAUGUGUCGAGUUGAGACUGUUGUGUUCAUAUGGGAGCUCAAAAACUUUUGUUUUGUUAUACUAGUGUUAGAGGUAGAGCUUUAGUCCUGAGCUGUGUUUACAAACACUUCAUCUCUUAAUCAAGAAAUUUAAAACAAUAUCUCAUUAAUAAAUGGACAUCUACAGAACAGUUUCCCGAUGUAGUUUAUGAUGUUGAUGCAAAAGGAGUGAUAAAAGAUCCUUGUAAUGUUGGAAAACACUGAAGAAAAGGAAGAUGAAGUAAAAGGCUUCAGAUGCAGUGUCUUCUAAAGAUUAUGACAAAGAUCCAUUUUAAAUGGUAUGGUGCAGAAAGGUAGAGAUACAGUGUCGAGUAUUUAAUGAAGAAGAUGACAUUUUUUUUGUUCGGGAAUAAAACAAGGUACAGAUUUAUGUGCUGUAUUGUUACUGUUUUUUGAGUAGCAAAAAACACACAUGUAAUACCAGUAACACAAGUGCUUAGUUUCUAAGCUCUGUAAACAGUUUUAAAAACUGAACUGUAUUGAUAUUUUUGCAUGUGUUUUUUGUUUUUGUUUUUAUGUAUAUAAUUAUGCUAAUUGGAGAAAUGUAAAUUUAAGGGUAAGGAGUAACCUAUUUUUAUACAGACCUAUUUUUACAUUUUAUAUAUUCAUCCUAAACUACUGAAUGUUAAAUUUGGCUUUUGUAGGAUUUAGGAUUUUUCAGUUAGUUUGAUAGGUUACAUGAUGACACCAGUUUGCUUAUAGCAUUUUCAUGAUUCACUCAAAAAUUUACAUUGUUAUACAUAGCUCAUAUCCAUACAUUGACACAAAGGUUCAGGACAUCAGCUGAUUAUUACGGUAUUUAAAAACUAUUUGUUUGUUUAAACAAAAAUAGUAUUAUAAAAUGGCUUAUGCAAUUCUUCAAAAUCAAAAUAAGUGUUGUUUAAAGUAAGGCUAAAUGAUACUUUUGAAGCUAAGCUAAAUUUCGUAUAUUUUUUUUUUUCGCAAAGCAUUACAGAUCUUUGCUUUUCGUGUUUGUUCAAUUAUCUGCUGAGAAUAUGUUUGAAAAUAUUCAAUUUAUGGAAAGUUAAAUUUGGUGCAGUGGAGUCACGCAGUACAUUUAAAUUUGCCUUAGAUAUAUAUAGUGAGUUAGAAGUUACAACAAAUAAAAAGCUAGAAGAUAGAUGAGGGCAGUGAUGAUUAUUUGAAUUGCUAUGUGAUUUAUCUAUUUUGUAAAUUGGCUGAUUUCGUAAUAUGAAAAAGGAAUAUUGUAUAUGACCUGUAUAGAAACACUUGGAAGUUCGUCUUUGUUCUUUGAAUAGAAUUGAACAGUAAUGUAAUGCAAAAUAUACAAUCUUGUUUGGUUUAUUGCAAUCAAACUUCUGAAUAUGAUGUUAUGAAUUGCCAAUAGUCCCUAUUUAGAUUCAUUUGUGCACUGAUUUCAAUUAAUGUAGACUUCCAGCAGGUUUAAUAAAAUACAAUGAAAUCCUUUUCACUUUCAGGUAAUUAAGUGUUUAAAUUUUGGUUACGAUAUUAGGAUUUCAGAUGUUUUUUAAUUGUCACUGCCCUAGAUUAGAAUAUCACAUGAAGAUGCAUUCCAUUACAGUGGUCCAAUGAUUUAAAUAGGUUGCUGCAGUUGUAUUAUACAAAUAGGUUGAUGCAGUAAUAUACAGAAUAGGUUGCUGCAGUUGUAUUAUACAAAUAGGUUGAUGCAAUGAUAUACAGAUAGGUUGCUGAAAUCAUAUUGUACAAAUAGGUUCUUGCACUUUGAUAGUGCUGCAGUCAAAUGAUACAAAUAGGUUGCCACAAUCAAGUUAUACAAAUAGGUUGCUGCAGUCACAGUCAAAUGGUGCAAAUCAAAUAGGUUGCUGCAGUCAAAUGGUGCAAAUCAAAUAGGUUGCUGCAGUCAAGUGGUACAAAUAGGUUGCUGUAAUCAAAUGAUACCAAUAGGUUGCUAUAUUUUUGAAAAAGGGUGAAAAUAAUUUUAUCUUGUGAAUUAAUGUCCAUAUUGUACAACAACGGAAUCUGAGUAAUAAAGUGGUAUAUUGUAUUAAAGUGUAAGCCAGUAAUCAUAAAACAACAGUUUUUAGUAGGGUUACACCAAUUUUUAUACUUGCUUCAAGUUUCUGGUUUUUAAUUUAUUUGUUUUCAUGCUUUUAUUCAUGCCAAAAAUAUAAAUAGUCAAGAUCUCUUUAAUAUUAUUAACAAUUACAUUAAGCCACAUUUAGGUUAUUGUUAAAAUUUGCAACUUCGAAUGCCACAUUUAGGUUAUUGUCAAAUACAUUAUGCCACAUUAAGAGUAUUGUAAAAUUUUCAAUUACUAAGUGCCACAUUAAGAUUAUUGUUAAAAUUUUCAAUUACGUAAUGCCACAUUUAGGUUAUUGUUAACAUUUUCAGUUACGUAAUGCCACAUUUAGGUUAUUGUUAACAUUUUCAAUUACAUAAUGCCACAUUUUGGUUAUUGUUAAAAUUUUCAAUUACAUAAUGCCACAUUAAGGUUAUUGUUGAUUUUUCAACUUCAUUGAAAAUUAGAGUCUAUGUUGUUUAAUUUUUUUUUUAAUUCAAAAUAGGUUGGUUACAGUUUCUAUCUCAUUUGUAGAUAUUUAUGUAUAUAGGGCUAAAUGGGUGACAGAAUAGUUGUUUAGAUAGUCAUUGCACUGUGACAUUUAAAGAUAAUUAUAGUAAUAUGUUAAAUACCUACAUGAUAAAAGAAGUUGGAACUUUAUAUAAUUAAAGUGGGUGUGGUGCGUAAAAUUUGGCUAUAAGGUGGUGGGUAGGGGAGGGUAAAUUGUGUUUUGUCCUACAUUUGGAUAGAUUUACCUGACAAACUACUAAUAUGUAUUGAAAUCAUUAGUAUAUUUUGGCAUCAUGAUCUGGUUUUGAGUAUUGUGAACAUUUCACACAAAGAAUUUUAUGAUUUUAUCAUGAAACAGUUUUUUAGCUCGACUAUUCAUAGAAUAGUAGAGCUAUUGGACUCGCCCAUGCGUCAGCGUCCGCGUCGGCGUCCGCGUCCCGAUUUGGUUAAGUUUUUGUAUGUAAGCUGGUAUCUCAGCAACCACUUGUGGGAAUGGAUUGAAACUUCACACACUUAUUCACUGUGAUAAACUGACUUACAUUGCACAGGUUCCAUAACUCUAUUUCGCUUUUUUACAAAAUUAUGCCCCUUUUUUGACUUAGAAAUUUUUGGUUAAGGUUUUGUAUGUAAGCUGGUAUCUCAGUAACCACUUGUGGGAAUGGAUUGAAACUUCACACACUUAUUCACUGUGAUAAACUGUCUUACAUUGCACAGGUUCCAUAACUCUAUUUUGCUUUUUUACAAAAUUAUGCCCCUUUUUCGACUUAGAAUUUUCUGGUUAAGGUUUUGUAUGUAAGCUGGUAUCUCAGUACUCACUAAUUGGAAUGGAUUGAAACUUCACACACUUGUUCACUGUCAUGAUCUGACAUACACAAAGCAGGUUCCAUAACUCUAUUUUGCUUUUUUACAAAAUUAUGCCCCUUUUUCGACUUAGAAUUUUUUGGUUAAGGUUUUGUUUGUAAGCUGGUAUCUCAGUAUCCACUAACGGGAAAGGAUUGAAACUUCACACACUUGUUCACUGUCAUGAUAUGACAUGCAGUGCAAAGGGUCAAUAACUCAUCUUUGCAAUUUACAAAAGUAUGCCCCUUUUUAAACUUAGGAGUUUUGGGUUAAAUUCUUAUAUGUAAGCUGGUAUCUCAGUACCCACUAAUGGGAAUGGAUUGAAACUUCACACACUUGUCCACUGUCAUGAGCUGAUAAGCACUAUGCAGGUUCCAUAACCCUAUUUUACUUUUUACUAAAUUAUGCCCCUUUUUCGACUUUCUUAUUCAUUCAAGCGACAAGGCUGUUAAAUAGUCAAGCGUUGCUGUCCUCCGACAGCUCUUGUUUUUUCAACCUAAUAUCUUUGGACUGUUGGAGUUUUGAAUAUCUAAACAGCUAUAACCUGUUGCUAAUUGGUUCUUUAUUUGCUUUUCAUAUUUGCUGAUAUUCAAAGUUGUAUAAUUUUGCUUGUGCAAUAUACUGGGAUUAGGUUGUAGAUAUUUUAUGUUCAGGUAGUUAAGUUACCAUAGUUACGAGCUUUAGUAGUCAAAAUAUCUCGACUUCAAUUACCAAAGACUGUUAGUUCAUAACGAAGUGUUCAUUUUAUUACUUAUAUUUUAUGUUACUUGUAUGUUCGAAAAUUUGUUUUAAGAUGUUGAGUUGCUUUAAUAGAAUGAUUUAAAACUUGUUUAAGACGAAGCAUUUUAUUGUAGAGAGGGACAUGUGCAACUUUUAUUUUGUCGUUUAUAUUAGAAAAUUGCUGACCAAAGCUUUUAAACUCUUUGGUAGGUACAGUAGUGGAAUAUUCAACAUUCUACAAACAAAACAGAUAUUUUAGUAUAUUCCUCUUCUUUAUUGAGACACAAUUUAUUAUUUUAAUAUUAAUCUACAAAGCAUUUAUUUCUUUAAUACUAUUAUUUAUAUAUUUUAUGUGCUAUCUAUUCAAACUGGCCAAUAUAAAGCUUAGGGUUCUUAAUACAGUUGAAUCUCGAUAUCUCGAACUCGCUUAUCUAAAAUUUCUGUCUGUCUCGAACUCACUUAUCUCAAAAUUCUGGCUAUCUCGAACUCACUUAUCUAAAAUUUCUGGCUAUCUCAAACUCACUUAUCUAAAAUUUCUGGCUGUCUCGAACUUACUUAUCUCAAAAAUCUGGCUAUCAGGAACUCUUAUCUCAAAAUUCUGGCUAUCUCGAACUCGCUUAUCUAAAAAUUCUGGCUAUCUCAAACUCACUUAUCUCAAAAUUCUGGCUAUCUCGAACUCUUAUCUCAAAAUUCUGGCUAUCUCGAACUCACUUAUCUCAAAAUUCUGGCUAUCUCGAACUCACUUAUCUCAAAAUUCAGGAUAUCUCUAACUCGUCUCAAAAUUCUGGCAAUCUCGAAGACAUUUCGAACUCGCCUAUCUCAAAAUUCUGGCUAUAUUGAAAAAAUUUUAAGUCCUGUCCCGAAAAUGGGUGCACAAAAUAUCAUUUUGAUUAUUACGAAAUAAAACGCUUGAUCCCUUGGAAUUCGAGAUAACGAGUUUCAACUGUAUAUACUCUACCCUAAAAAUACCUGUAAUUUUUUGGGUGAUUAUAACAGUUUUUGUUGGAGAAAAAAUAGGUAUUAAGUGAAAAUAGAUCCAUACAAUUUCAUGUUCAAAUGUGUGGCUCAAAUUACAUAAGGGCCAGUGAAAUUUACACAGAAAUACACAGAAUACACAGAUUUUUUCUGUGUUAUACUAAAUGCCACACUAUAUUUUUGUUAAUAUAAAAUCCUGGUGAUGCUGACAAAAUGAAGAAAUUCUAACUACAAUAUAGUAUAACAAAAAUUAAAUCACAUUUUUUUUUAAUUAGUAGAUGAUAUUACUGUUAGAAUUCUCAGUAGAAAAGUUUUAUGUUUGUAAGGUGUGCAAUAUUGCGUACAGAGUAGUCAAACGGAAAUGUGUUCAUCAUUUUUCAGCUCAAAUUUUAGUUGUGUUAGAUAACUGUUGGUUAUACAAAAACUGUUCUUCAUCGUAGGGUAAUGGUAUUUGUUUUGGUAAAUAUAUAUUACUAAAGUAGUUUUUUGGAUAUAUCUUACACCCUUCUCUCUUUCAUUACCUUGCAUUAUAUAAUCUAAUUGAUAUAAAAUUUAUGAGAUAAACAAAUGUAAUUCAAAGGUUAUUUCAAGCUUUAACUAACCUAGAUUUUACCCAGGGUAUGAAAUAGCAUUUCAGUUGGUUAAAGAACACUAUCAGUAUUACAGACAUUUAUUGUUCUUAUGGUAACAGUUUAUCAAUGCCAUUGUUUUUUACAUGACAGAGGUCAAGGUCAUACUCUGCCAUUGCAGCUAAUGUAAAUAUCUAGGUCAAAGGUUAGCCUUGUUACAAGGGGUUACAGACAUACCAUACUUCCAAGCACCUUGUUAUUUAAUGCACAUGGAGAAAUAUUUUAAUGCAGUUCCAAAUAAAUAAAAUAUAUUAAAUGUUUAAUAUAUAUACCCUCACACACUAAAAGCAGUCACAUUAUUAUGAAACUUAGUUUAAAGGUAGUUGUAGUCAAAAUCACAAAGAUGUUACGCAUAUGAGUCAGAGUACAUUUUUUGAGGGACACUUUCUAGAAAUUAAAGUAGUAAAUAUUAUAAUGGUUAUUAAAGGUUAUUAGAGUGUACUAAAUACUUAUGUGGUUAUUAAAGAUUAUUUUUAUUGGGAAAGCUUGGUAGAAAAACUACACAUGUCCACCAUAAGUAUAUGGUAGUUUUAGAAAAAAUAAGGUAUAUAGCGGUCUUGGAAAAAACUUAGAAAUUGUCUUCCAUGAAAUUGAUAAUCAAAAUGUAUGAAGACUGAGGAUUUAUAUAUCUUAGAAAAACUAAGGUAAGUUUAUUUUUACACUGUUAAUACAACAAGUAAUACCAUUGAAAAGCUUGAUAUGUAUUUUGUAUUUUACCUUCUGCCUUUGCGACCAGUGCAGACCAAGGUCAGCCUGCACAUUUGAGCAUGCUGAUCUUGGUCUGCAGCAUUCGCUAUUCAGUCAGUAAAAUUUCAGUGAACACCCGUUUGAAUAAUAAGUGGUACUGCCCUAAAUGAAAUGAUGGACCAGUCCAUUUUAGAAAUUUAGCAGCGUGAAGACUAAGCAUACGAAAAAAAAAGCAUUAUAAGAUCUUUAAAAUGUCUCUCAGAUUGGUGAAAGGGCUCUUGGUGCCAAAAAUUAUAUAUAUGUCAAGCAUUCAUUUAUUAAUUAUACUGACAAUCAUUGGUUUAUGCAAAUUAGAUGAAUAUGAAUAUUCAUUUAUUUUAAUUAAGUGGGUUUAAUAUUUAAUCUAGGUUGCAUGUAUAUAUUAUAUAGUCAGAAAUAGUCUAUUUAAUAUGUAAACUUUGGUAAAGUAGCUUUAUCUAUGUAAAUAAUAAUUAUUCUUACACAUUAUUAGUACUCGCAUCCAUUUUCUAUACCUGUUGUUUUGUUUUAUUAUAUAUAUAUAAAUAUAUUUUAUUGAAAUAUUUUUCUCUCUUUUUUAUGUGUUGUACAAAGAAUUCAGCUUUAACUUGGCUUUAUAUGAAAGCGUUACACAUUUAGUGAAAUAACGCAUGUACUAACACAUGUUUUAAUGUUUUGACACAAAAACUGUACUAUAUAAUUUUUUUUUUUUUGGAUUUCAUAUGAUAAAUAUUACAUUUUAUAAUAAAGAAAUAGUACUAAUGCCACAUUACAAGGUUCCACAGAUAUUUCAUUUUGCUUUGCUGGCUUAUAGAAAGUUCAGGCACAAUUAUUUCUUCGAAUAAAACUUACUGAAAAUAGGCAUGUGCACAUUUCACGCUAAGUUACUUUAACGAUUUGUGACUUAGAAAUGUCACAAUUUGUGGCUUAAAAAGGUGUCACACUUUGUGACCUUGAAAAAAAAGUCACAAGGUUGUAUAUCAUUCUUUAUAUUUUUUCUUAUUUUACUUACUGUACUAUAUUUUGUUAAUAUCCAUGUAUAGAAUUAUAUAUAAUAAUGCAUUUACUGCGGACCUAUUUAAGGUCUUUUUUUUUUUUUGCAUUGUUGUUUUUUUUGCAUUGAAAAGUUAUAUUGUAUUAUUACAGGCAGAAAAUAUUAUGAAGAAAUAUGAUAGCCAAAGAUUAUAUGUAAGCUUAAAGCUGGAACUUUUAUCUAUUUUGUGCAAAUUGUUUGAUAAUACCGUUUUUGUUUACUUAUUUGUAAAGCUGUAAAUAUACGCUCUUUCCCCCAUCUUUACCUACAAAAAUCAUUACAUAAUGUUUACAAAGUUGUAAUAUUCAGUUACCAAUAAACACUCUACAAAAAAUAUUUCUUUCCGAAGUAGGCAAUAGGAAUUUUACAUGAUGUCAUUUCAUAACGUCCCAUAUUCAUUACUCAUUGGAAAAAAACACUGGUUCAAGGUCAUAACAUUACAAGGUCAGAGGUCAUACAUAUGAAGAUCAAAACAUUUAGCAUUCACUUGUAUAAAUUUUUCAUUCAUUAAAAUAAUUUUCCUUGAAAAGUCAUUCCAAAAUAGAAUUAUGAGAAUUCAACAUUAUUUUUAUUCAGUAGAGAGAAAAAAAAACAACAUUGAUUAAGAAAUAACUUGCAUUGUGCUUCUGUUUCUUUAAAAAUCCUGCAGUCUUACUUCUUUUGUUUCGGAUAAACUAAUUUUACAAAUUUAAAAGAUAUAUUCACUCUGUUUUGAUUUAUGUGUCAGCCUUACAGUCUUUAUCAAAAAGACAAUUAAAAUAUAUUAUACCACUUUAUAUUUUAAUUCUCAAAACGGACCAAACUUGUAUGCAGUGGUAACGAAAAUCUAAAUUGUAUAUGAAUUUACCUUAACUUUCUGAAUAGUUGAUUUAAUAACAGUUCACUAAAACUUUGUACGAACUUUAUAGGUAACAUUUUGUUUCUGUUGUGUUUGUUUUAAGCUCAAUAUAGCAGUAAUCAGUAUUGUAAUCAGAUCCAGAUUUUUUGAUUUAUGUUCUUCUGUGUUUAACUGAGCUAAUUUUUGUUGUGUUUUGACUUUAAAUUUUAUUACACAAACAGUUAAGCAGGACACGGUGAUGUUUGUAUUAAAGCAAAUUUUAUGUUACUAAGCAGGACUGGUCUAUAACAAGAUUAAAUACUAGAAUUUUAUCCUUAAAUCAUGUUUUCUAUAACAGGUUAUCAAGGAUAGCAAAUUUGCAUGUUUUUUUUUUUACUAAUUAGUCUGAGUAUAAGUUCCAGAUUUAAUUUUAAUUAAAUAGGUGGUUAUUGUUUUUGUUUAUUGUUUAUUUACAGAAUUUAAUGAGUAUUUUUCAUGGUGUUUUGGAUUUUUUGAAAGGGUUUGUGUUAAGUUGUAUGUCUAGUCGAUAAAUAUUCGUGUUCAUAUAUAUGCUGUUCUGCUUCAGCCGUGUUUUUUCCAAAAAUUUUGAACCAUAGAAUGAAAUUAUAUUAUGUUAUAAAUUCUUGACAUAUUGGUUAGAUUCUUUUAGAUAUUUUGGCAGUGAUACAGUUAAUGGAGAUAUGUCUGCAGAUCAAAGAAAGACGUUUUAAUUCAAAUGUUUAACCACUCAACAUUACUUUUUUUGUGGAUCGUCAUGGGAAUUGAACAUACAAUAAAAUAUGUUUUAGACAAGUAAGCCCAUAAAAUGUUGAAAUUUGUGUUCUAAGAUAUGAAAAAGUACAAAUGGUAUUGUUCUCUUGUUUAGUAUAAAAAAUGUCGCAGUGGUGCUGUGUUCAGUUCUUACCGGUAGAUAGAAAAAAAAAACAUAAAAAAUCGUACAAUGUUCCAUUGCUCAGAAUUAGUUCACUGUGGUAUAUUAGUAAUAGAACUUUCAGAAACAAUUACCACUGUCGGUCGUUACACAUCGUAGGAACAUCGCUAGUUUCAGAAUUUAUGGAUAAACACGGCUGAAGGAUGGCGCAUGACUGUUUGACAAUGUAAAACUUACUGUACUAAUGUUUAGCGUAUCUACAAAUGAUUUGUACCUCUCUCUCUCUGUGUAACCUUUCCAGGUGCUUAUUUCAAAUAAAAUCAAUUUAUUAUGUUA